UUCUCUCUUCCUCACGACUCAUACAAACCACACCCACAGAGAUACAAACACAGACAUUGGUAUAACAAUAUAGGAGAUGCUGUCAUAUGUUAUUCUAUGUUCCAACCUUGGUGGCAAUUAAUGAACAACGCCAAAUCUCACACCUUUACUUCUCUCUGAACAAUCCUUGUCGUUGUUGUUCAUGGAGCUGUCUCUGAGACUUACUCCUUCGCCUUCAAGUUCAGCUUCAUCGCUUCCUGCAGCACUCGCUCACUGCUCCAAGCUCUGUGAAUUUCAGCCCAGGAAGAAGAAGAAGAACGUGUGUUUCGACGCGCCUAAGCUUUCGGUGCGUUGUGCCAAGGCUUCGGCGGAGGGAAGCGGCGAUGCAAUCGAUGAUGGAAAGGCUCGAACUGGGUUCACUACUCCUGCCAUGGAGGUCACCACAUUCAACCGCAGCACUUUCAACGACGCUGACUUUCCCGUUUGGGAAAAGAUUGGUGCUGUGGUCAGACUCAGUUAUGGCAUCGGGAUUUAUGGUGCCAUGGCUGUUGCGGGGAGUUUUAUCUGUUCGAUUACGGGAAUUGACUCUCUGGGGGGUUUCCAUCUAUCGUUAGAUGCCAUUUUGGAAGGGCUUGGAUAUGCAGCUCCUCCAAUUAUGGCCCUUUUGUUUAUACUCGAUGACGAAGUUGUGAAGCUAUCACCCCAUGCCCGUGCCAUCAGAGAUGUAGAAGAUGAAGAACUAUGGAGCUUUUUCUAUGGGAUGUCCCCUUGGCAGUUUAUACUGAUGGUUGCUGCGAGUUCAGUUGGAGAGGAGCUCUUCUACAGAGCUGCUGUUCAGGGGGCAUUGGCUGAUAUAUUCUUAAGAGGCAGUAAUCUUAUAACAGAUGCUCAAGGAAUGGCAUCAUUGACUGGUGUGCUGCCUCCAUUUGUUCCAUUUGCUCAGGCAUUUGCAGCAGUUCUUGCAGCAGUUCUUACUGGAUCUCUCUAUUACAUGGCUGCCUCUCCUAAAGAUCCUACUUAUGUUGUCGCACCUGUUACACAAUCUCGCUCUGGUCGUCAAGAUUUGAAAAAGCUGUUUGAAGCCUGGUAUGAGAAACGGCAAAUGAAAAAAAUCUAUUCUCCACUUCUGGAAGGACUACUAGCCCUCUACCUAGGUCUUGAGUGGAUCCAGACUGAUAACAUUCUUGCUCCGAUUAUCACACAUGGCAUAUACUCCACUGUGAUAUUGGGACAUGGGCUUUGGAAGAUACAUGACCACCGGCGUAGACUACGUCAGAGAAUCCAAAAGUUAAAGUUAGAGGACAAAAACACCAACUAGAUUUUGAAAUAGUAUCAUUGUUUUUGGUUAAAAAGAAGUGUAUAUUAGAGUUGCUGUAUAAAGAUAUGUACACUCAUUUUAGUUUUUGUCUCGUACAUAAAGAAUAUGCAGGUUUUCUUUACACAAU